AUGGCUCUCGGACUAAUCGAGAGCUACAAUAGGACACGCUAUGUCGAGGAACUGCUAGAGAAAACCGACAGCCAGCCCCCGUCAUUGACGAUCCACCUCCACCCUGAGCACUGGGUACUUAACAAUGGUUCCAAGUUCCUGUACCACAACCAAAUCGCAAGCAUCUUGGAUGACAUUCGUGCUCACAGAAUACCUGUCGACUUCUUGGACCUAUUUGACAAUGCUCGGGUGCCUUUUUACGAGGGAUGCAUGGUUGUCGAACUUCUGGAUUACCGCGCCCAAAAAAGUAACGACCCUCAACCGGAGAAACCUGAACGAACCCGCGUUAUUCUUCAUCCCAAUCCAGAAACGCUGUACGCCGAUAUAUGUUCGUUGAAUCAAAAGACUGGUGGACUCUGGACGGACCAGGAUGCGUUGGAAGUGGAAUCUAAACUGCUACUUGCAUCGGCGCCUCCGCUUUGCCUGGAGCCUAAUCCUCACUUGACGCGAAUCGCAAACCAUGUACUUCGUGCAUCAACACCGACUGUGCCGAUGUCUCUCAAGAGAAAAGCUGCCACUUUGGAACCAGAGGAGGACGAGUCGGAGAAGAUACGCAAAGCGAAGAUCAUGUCCUUCAUGUCACCACGCCAUCCACGGAACCACGUACCGAACUUUUCAUUCUUGGGUACUGUUACCAAGCACAAGGAGGAAAAGUAUCAAGAGUACCAAAGGUGGCUCGAGAAUCCUACAAUACCUUCCAGCUUUACCCGCUUCCUCCGUGGCCCACCAUGGCGUCCCCCGGUCGCCAAACCUGCCACACCGACGCCAGUUAUACCUCCACCACCUCUCGCGAUCGACAACCAAGGCAAUGUCAUUGACAAGUCAAAUAACACACCGUCGACGACAUUCGUUACCCCGACGUUUGUCAAUCCCACCCCCGCGGCACCCGCCACGCACCAAUUCAUCUCUCAGCAAGUACCAGUGCCGACCCCUGGUCCUGGUAUGACACCGCAGGUCUAUGCAAAUGUACAUGCAGCGACAGAAGCCGCUGCAGCACAGCGGUCGGUGGCUGCAGCCCAAGCACAGGCACAGGGAACAGCAGCGACGGCUGUGAAUGCAGCGGCUGUACAGGCAGAUCCAAAGUUACAGCAACAAUUCCAACUGCUACAAAAGGUACAACAGCAGCAGAAGAUCGGCCAGUCGCUCAUUCCGCGUCUUCCGAUUGCUCAGCAGCAAGCAAUGAUUUCCCAACUACAGUUGAGGAGUCAAAGCGCCGCUGCUGCCGCCGCUGUUCAGAAUGCAGCACAAAACCCAGGAGGGUCAACUCCAGCUCCAGGGCCUUCCACAAGUCAAUCGCCGACUGCUACAUCUCCGACUCCUGCAACGGCCACCCAAGCAUAUGGGCAAGCUGCUAACCAGUAUCUUACCGCACAGGCUGAACAACAGCAACGUGCCGCAAGCGCAACUCCCACCCCUGUCGCUUCUACUCCUACCCUUGCCCAACAGACAACGCAAGCGACGGCUCCAGCUGCUGUUGCUAGUCAACCUGCAACGACUACGGCGGGAGGGAAGAAACCGCUACCCGCAAAUUACCAUGCACAGAUCCAUGCUUGGCUCACCGCGCAAAACGCCAGCUACAUUCAGCAGCUUUCGGCUGCCGAAGCGCGUUUGGCGAAGAACCCCAGCGACCCGCAGGCGCAGUACGCGGUGAACAAUCUUCGACACCAAAUCAGUGCCCUACACCAGAAGUACCAAAGCUUCCAGCAGCACUACGGCAAAUUCCAACCGCAGGCUGGCGGUGGUGCCGCCGGGACGUCUGGAGCCAGUGGGAACGCUCAACAAGCUGGUCCCGCAGGGGCGGCGGCUGAAACAUCUGCACAAGCUACUGCCACGGCGCAGAGUAGUGGACGGGCGACGCCGCAGGCGACUGCGAACCCCUCUAGUGCAGCUUCGCAACAAUCUGUCGCUGCUGCGGCAGCGACGCCAUCUUCUGCGAGGGCGAGUCCGAUGCCUGCUAUGCACGCCCAACAGAAUCCCACUCAGUCGCAACAAGCCCAGCAAGCGAAUGCGGCCAUACUUCAAGCUGCGAUUCAACAACAACAACUACAGCGACAACAGCAACAAUACCAGCGCACGUUGACCCCCAUUCAGCCACAGAAGACGAACUCUCAAGGAGGGCAGGUGCAGAUGCAGGUUCAGCCGCAAUUGGCCGCAAAUGGACAAUAUACGUUCACGACGCCGUUCAAUGCUGCCGCAUUGCGAGCCGCAACGCCCUUGACCGCUAGUCAGCAAGCUGCUGCUCAACGGAUGGCUGCUGCCCAAGCAAAUGCAGCUAAAAUGAGCGCGGGGACCCCUGCACAGAAUGCAGGCAGUAACAUUCACGUACAGCCGUCACCGCAACAAGCCCAGGCUCAAAUCCAGGUACAGCAGCAGCAGACGCUUCAGGUCCCGCAACAGCAACAGGCGAGGACACCACAAAUGCAAACGCAGCAGCUACGGACGCCUCAAAUUCAGGCUCAGCAAUUACGGACGCCACAGAUGCAAACGCAACAGCUUCAGCGAACGCCUCAGAUGCAGACGCAACAACUUCAACCGACGCCGCAGAUGCAGCCUCAGCAGCUCCAGUCUCAAAUGGGGCAGAUGCAACGCCAGCCGACUCCUCAGCAACAUACGCCUCAGCAACAACAUGCUCAACUUCAGCCUGUGCAGGCUCAGCAGUUAGCGAUGGCCCAGCAGCAACAGCAACAGCAGCAAAUGCAGGCUCAAAUUCAGCAGCAACAACCACAACAAGCGCAUCUGACUCCGCAACAGUAUCAGCAGUAUCAGAUGUAUAGCAAUUAUUAUCAAGCUGCGGCGGCAAUGCAACAACACGGGGGACAGAGACUGACUCCGCAACAACAACAGGCAAUUUGGAACGCGCAGUUCCAGCGUGCUGCUGCUGCUGCUGGUAUGCAGGGGCAGCAUGGCGGGGUACCUAUGAACCAGGUACAACAGGCUGCGCUGGCCGCACACAUAGCGAAACAGCAGCAACAACAGCAACAGCAUCAAGGUCAAGGUCCACGGUGA